AUGGCCAAUACAGAAGAGGAUUUAUGGAAAUUUACACAUUACAGUCACAAGUCCUUUUUCCUAAAUAUUGAUGUUUGAAACAAACUUCCUUCUGUGAAGCCUGAGGCUCUCCUGGUUUCUGACUCUGUUCUAGAAAAUGAAGACUCUUUUUGCCAAGACGGUUGUCGAGCUAGCUGGAUGAGUUACAUGGGGAACUGCUACAUGUAUGUUCAGAACCAACUAUCAUGGGCAGAAGCUGAGCGGACUUGUCAAAGCUUUGUCCCAGGUGGACAUCUGACUAGUGUUCCAAGUGCCCAACACAAUGCCUUUCUGGUGAAACUGGCCAUUCACCAAGCACAAAAACCACUCCCGUUUUGGACAGGAGGAAAUCACCAACAGGGUAGCCCUCUUCAAUGGACAGAUGGCACUACGGCAAAUUUCAUUCAGCGUCCACUAAGCUCAAUUUUUCAUAUUGUUGAGGGAGCACUUAAGCAAAUCCUAUCCCUGAAUAUUCAUCUCUGCUUGAAUAUCAAUAUAGGAGGCCAUGGUCAAUGGGAUGGCACCAGCUGCAAGAAGAGGCUACCUUUUGUCUGCAGCUACAAACCAUAUUUGGCACCGCCAUAA